UCCGGAAGUGACGCAGACAGGGCGGGGCUCUUCACUGGGUCCGGCAGCUGAAGCUCCUCGCUCGGGUUACCCCUGCAGCGACGCCCCCUGGUCCCGCCGCCGUUGCCAUCGCCGCUCCCGCCCCUCAGCUCCUCGGCCGCGCCAUGGGCACCCGCGACGACGAGUACGACUACCUCUUUAAAGUUGUCCUUAUUGGAGAUUCUGGUGUUGGAAAGAGUAACCUCCUGUCUCGAUUUACUCGGAAUGAGUUUAAUCUGGAAAGCAAGAGUACCAUUGGAGUAGAGUUUGCAACAAGAAGCAUCCAGGUUGAUGGGAAAACAAUAAAGGCACAGAUAUGGGACACAGCAGGGCAGGAGCGGUACAGGGCUAUAACGUCUGCAUACUAUCGUGGAGCAGUAGGUGCCUUAUUGGUUUAUGACAUUGCUAAGCAUCUCACAUAUGAAAAUGUAGAGCGAUGGCUGAAAGAACUGAGAGAUCAUGCUGAUAGUAACAUUGUUAUCAUGCUUGUGGGCAAUAAGAGUGAUUUACGCCAUCUCAGGGCAGUUCCUACAGAUGAAGCAAGAGCUUUUGCAGAGAAGAAUGGUUUGUCAUUCAUUGAGACAUCUGCUCUAGAUUCUACAAAUGUUGAAGCUGCUUUUCAGACAAUUCUAACAGAGAUAUACCGCAUUGUUUCUCAGAAGCAAAUGUCAGACAGACGUGAAAAUGACAUGUCUCCAAGCAACAAUGUGGUUCCUAUUCAUGUUCCACCCACCACUGAAAACAAGCCAAAGGUGCAGUGCUGUCAGAACAUCUAAGGCGUCUCUUUUCCCCUAGAAGGCUGUGUAUAGUCCAUUUCCCAGGUCUGAGAUUUAAAUAUAUUUGUAAUUCUUGUGGUCACUUUCUGUGUUUUAUUACUUCCUUACACUUAAGAAUCUUCCCAUGUCUUAAGUCUUUUGAUUUGGCUUUAUAAAAUCCUCAACUUUGUCCUGAAUGACUGCAGUUCUUUUUCAUGCUAUGGCUUCUCUAGCCUUAGUUUAAUAAACUGAAUGUUUGAAGUCCUCA